CAGCGGCAGCGGGUGACUUCCUUGUUUUAAGAGUACAUGUAUUGUACUAGGAGCACCAUGGCAGCGCGAAUCUCCUUCUCCCAGUACCGACUGGAGGCUGAAAUUGAAAGAUGCCGGGGCGAAUGCCAGUGGGAGAGGAUGCCCGAGCUGGUGCAGCAGGUGAACCUCGCCGGAAUACACGAGCACGAUGACUUCGGGAUCCUGCUGUUGGCUGAGUCCCUGCUGGAGGAGUGUCUCCUGGAGAAUGCAGCCCAGCUCAGAGACUGCACUCCGUUAAUGGAAGAGAAGCUGCCCAAGCUGCGCCAAGCCAAGGCACACCUGAGCACCAUUCUGAACAGAGGCAAGCUGCAACCGAAGUAUCUGACUGAAGCCAUGCUGGUUCUGGCUAAGCUGCACUAUGUCGAGGGCUCCCUGAGAGAUGCGCUCUGCAUGUACGCCCGCAUGGGACUGGAGAACUUCGCCAUGGAGAACCAGCAGCUCUACCAGAGUAGACUGCUGGCCGAAGCUCUGCUCAUUAAAGGUAGGCUCGCUUGCUCGCUGCCUGCACCAAAGUGCAAACAAUCACACGCCUCUAAAUUGUACACAACUCUACACAAUAAAGACAUGCUACAUCUAAUGUAUGUAGUAAUAAUAAUAAUAAUAAUAAUAAUAAUAAUAAUUGUAAUGAUAAUAACCCAUAUAAAGGUUUGCCACAGUAACUUUGCCUGGUAUUUGUGCAGUUUUACUAUGCUUUUUUCAUGGUUGUACUAUGCAUGUACCAUAGUUUACCCGGGUCUGCCAUGCUUUUUAAAUAUACUUUAUCUGACCUCUCAGGGCUAUAAAUUGCUUACUUAUGCUUUACCACGAUUCAUUUACUCUGCUUAUACUGUAGAAAACUUUCAGGCAACCCUAAUAACCCAUACUACCCUGUUGGUUUGCUGUUGCCAGUCAGUAAGCAGUGCCCACUCCAAGGGUGUGAAGAGCAGUGGCACAGCGUCAGAGUUCAGUCCCGGUUUCUUCCUGAAGGUGGCGCUGCAGAGCGCAUACGUCACGCACUUCAAGAAGGGCAACCUGGUGCGAGGGCAGAGAAGGGUGAGACAGGUCCUAAGAGCAGUGGAGUCAAAGGGCACGCUGAACUUCAAAAAGACUGCAGCAAGGCAUCUGGUGGAGGUGCUGCUGCACACAGUCAGCGAGGACAGCUACUGGAGCCCUUCCUCCGAGCCCCCCCUAGAGCUGCAGGCAAAGGAGCCGCCAACCCCCGUCAGCUACACCCUGGACCGCGAGGCGAAGCAGUAUAGUGGAGACAAUCUGUUUUGCCCGCAGGAUAACAUAGAAGAGGCCCUGCUGCUCCUGCUGAUCAGCGAGUCAAUGGCAAACAGAGACACGGCCAUCAGCCGAGCCCCUGACCAGCUGGAGAACCGGGCAGUCAGUCUGAAGGACACUUCUGUGGUCUAUGACCUGCUGAGCAUCACCAUGGCGAGGAGGGGGCAGUACGCAAUGUUGUCUGAGUCGGCGAGCGCAGUGUCUGUGUUCCGGGAGUGCUCUAAGCUGCUACCGACUGACCCCACCAUCCCCCUCCUCGCUGCGUAGGUCUGCAUCGGACAGCUGCAUUGGCUGGAGGAAGGAGAGGUUUUUUCCAGAAUGGUGGUUGACAUGGCUGAGGAAGCUGGAGAAUUCCUGGCCAAGGGACACCUGGCUCUGGGACUCUGCUAUAGUCUGCAGGCCUCGGAUGCUUCUCUUAAAGGUGAUCAGGAUAAACUAAACAGGAAGGCACUAGAGACUCUGAAGAGAGCCCACCAGCUGGACCCAGACAACCCUCAGAUAUCCCUGUAUCUGUCUCUGCAGCUCGCUGUGGUUAGACAGAUCUCUGAUGCAAUGGCGCCUCUGCAGCAGGCCCUGAAGGAUGGGAAGGAUGACUUGCACUGCCUGCACCUGCUGGCCUUGCUCUUCAGUGCACAGAAACACUACCAGCAUGCCAUAGACCUCAUCAACAUGGCCAUCAGCGAGCACCCAGAGAACUUCAGCCUGCUGUUCACAAAGGUGAAGAUCGAAGCAGUUCUGCGAGGCCCUGAAGUGGCUCUGCUGACCUGCAGGGCAAUGCUGCGUCUGUGGCAGAGCUCCUUCCACUCCUCGCAGACCAGUGAAGGGGAUGAGGGGAGCAGCGCAGAUGAUUCCGCCCUUAUGAGCAGGAAACCCAGCGGGCUGCACCUCACCCUGCCAGACUUCCAGGACCCUGAGACCGGCUCCCAGCGCACCCCGUCCAUCGCAGCAUCGCGGCUGGAACAGGCCAUGUCGGAGAUGGCAGCCUACAGCACCACCCAGCGGCAGGGGCCGGUGCAGAUGUGGACCACGCUGGAGCACAUCUGGCUGCAGGCUGCUGAGCUGUUCAUGGAGCAGCAGCAGCUGAAGGAGGCUUCGUUCUGUGUGCAGGAGGCAGGGAUGCACUUCCCGGUGUCCCACAGCGUGCUGCUGAUGCGCGGCUGGCUAGCGGAGCUAAAGGGCAGCAUGGAGGAGGCCAAGCAGCUGUAUGACCAAGCCCUGAGCAUCAACCCCCAGGGGGUGCGCAUCCUGCAGAGCCUGGGCCUGAUCCUGAACCGGAUGGGCCAGAGCAGCCUGGCAGAGAAAGUCCUGAGGGACGCUGUCCAGGCUCAGAACACAUCUCACGAGUCGUGGAGGUGCCUGGGGGAGGUGCUGCAGGAGCAGGGGAGGAGUGAGGCAGCGGCUGAGUGCUUCCUAACUGCCCUCGAGCUGGAGUCCAGCAGCCCCAUCAUGCCCUUCACUGUCAUCCCCCGGGAGCUGUAGACCUGCUCACACCACAACACUCACAGAGACAUUUACUAAGCUUCUACCCCACAUACAAUAAAAAGAGGCUUCACCUUAGAAUCAAUGGUAAGAACACAAGAACAAUUUUAGAAACGAAAGGAGGUCGUUCGGUUUCUAGAGUCUAAUAUCAAAACAUUGUUCAGUCGUGGAUCUUUAAUGAUCCCAGUGAUUCAGCAUCAAGAACAUGACUACAUAACCCAGUUUCCAUCAGCACCGUUCAGCUGGUAGCAGCCUGUGUAAAUGACACAUGCCAGAGGUGCAACGGUUAAUAGAGGCUAUCUUAUCUUACAGGAUCGGAUAUGACAGGUUCUACUGUAUUCAUAAAAUGUUUGUCAAAUGUGUUAUGACUUUUUUCCUAUAAUAAUACAAAAUUAUAUUAAUUACGAUCUCAAUAGUUACAGUAAAAGUGAAGCCUACAAAUCACACACAAGCAGUUAGAAUGAUGAAUUUCCAGUCCCUUUCUGUUUGUAACUAAUGUGAUGACAGACUGUUCUGAAUGCUUACUGUGUGUGCAUGUCAUGUGUGUUCUCAAUGUGCUUCUGAAGGAUUCGGCACAUAGGUUUACAGUGUUCAGUAGUCUUUAUAAAUGCAACCUACUGAAGAGUUUAAUUCAAAUAAAGUGCUAACUAGGACAUGGCCCCUUAGCAUACUAUUGUAUAUGGCAGCCCAGCUGCUAAAGCAUUAGUGUAUAGCACUGUUCAAUUCUAAAGCAAGCACAGCACUAUGUUAUGUAAAGAUAUUUCUGUCAUCUGUACUGUAUAUGUCUGCUGGAAAUAAAUGCUGUAUUUUAUAUUUAAAUGUUUUUAAAAGGUUAAGUUGCUAUGCAUUCGAUACACCACCAGCAACAACAGAGCCCAAGAUGUAAAUAGCAUGGCAUCAGAUCAUGGGGCACUAGUUUAUUUUUUGUGUCUUUAAAGACAAGGCUAUAUUUUUGAUGCUAAUACAUUCUGUAAUAAUAUCAUAUUGUACAUGUCACAUUAAGUGUCUCUAAUUACUGUGUAUUUGCAUAGUUCUUGCUUACUAAAUACAAAUUAUGAUGAUACUGUGUUACUAGUUACAAUGUACUUAAUGUGUGAAUCUAGUAUCUUUCUUUCCCA